AUGUCGGCCACACCCUUCGAUCUGCGCAUGCCUCGCCUCGAAGGCCAUCUUAUCCUCAACACCGCCAUUCUCUCCGACAGUCCGCAGACCAGCGACCGCACCGCCUGGUCCGAAAAGUGGUGCAGCCUCGAAGAUGGCUGUCUGCUCGUCUACCACGAUCGCACCGCCGCCAUCGUGAUGCCCGACGAGCCCAUCUGCACCAUCGACCUUCGCUCCUUUGCCUAUGUUCAGCCAGCACCGCCGCAUACAGACGCGCUCUACAACCUCGUCAUCAGCUGCACUCCGCUCGAGCCUCCCAAGAGCUCCCGGCUCUUCCGCCCAAAGUCAGCCAUGAGCCUCAACCGGCUCCAGUCCGACAGCGUACCGCGUGACCCUACCGAUCAGGAGCCUCGUCCCUCCCUCGCUUCGUCCUCGGGGCGCGUAAGCUUUCAGGCACUCAAGUCCGGCACACAUACCCCUGUUGUCCUGUCGACCAACUUUGAGCCUCGCACCAGAACCUCUUCCUCCCACUCGAAUUCGUGGGCAAAGCUCAGAUCGGGAUCGCGCAAACUCUACGCCAAAGUCUCUUCGUCAUCGAGCUCUACCUUUCGCACCGAUAGUCCUGCCGCCUUGGCAUCCUCGGCCUCGAGUGUCGCCUCCGUCGCUGACUGGAGCGACAUGACCGACGUGUCUUCGAGCGGCGCCCCAUCGCCGCGCACUCCGAUCUUGUCCAACUUUGGACAUAGCUUCGAGCGCGUCUACCUUCGCACGAUGUCAGAGGAGGGCUUGGACAGUUGGCUUGAGGCUUUGUCGCGUUCAAUCAGCCUGCUCCAGGAAGUCGAAGGCAUGCCUGCCCACUUGCUCCUGCCCAAAAAACGCGUGUCGUCGCGACCGUCCCUCGGCAACCUGCCGGGCUUCCGCACACCCGCAAGCUUGUCCAACAGCCCAUUGCUGCCAAGCAUGGAGCAGGGCGUGGGGACCGCGAUCGACGACACAACACCAAAAGCGACGCGCAAGCGGGUGGCGUCGUCUUCCAGCCUCGGCUUGGCCUUGGCCAGCUCCCGAGCACUGCAGCAAGCCGCCUCAGGUCGUCCCAAGGACGUACAUACCGCAUCGACUCAGCCAAGCCGGACUGCCGAAUCCACAGGUGCGGGCAACGUGCUCCCGAUGGGUCCACCCGAUACCAUGCAGCUGCGCUCGGAUCGCAAGCACAAGAGAUCUAUCUCUACCACCUCGUCCUCCUUGUCUUUCUCGGGAUCAAGCCCAUUCGUGAGCACACGCCGCAACAGCAUCUCGAGCACUCGGCUGCUUUCUUCCAGCGUCUCGGUCGCCCGUCCUGCUACGGCUUGUGCUUUUACAACGUCCUUAAGUCAGCCGAUGACGGAGGGUAGCGGAGAAGCUACAGAAGCUACUACGAGCGGACUCACAGAGCCCUCUAGUGCCGCCACGAUAGCGGCAGAUCCCACCGUGCCCACAAGACACCGUCGGUCGGGCUCAAUCUUGGCGUUCGGCUCGGCGCGCAUCAUGGCGUGGCGAGACAACUCUUCCAGUUCUGAAGCCUCAGUCAAGCAAGCCAAAACGGUAGGGCUUGGCCUCGAGAUCGGCAGUCAGGAUCAUGCGCGCGACUCGUCCGAGGCGCGUCGACACGAGCCGUCUAGGGGCCUCAGCAAGCUCAAAUCUUUCCGGCUGUUGCCGAAGGGCACAUCCUCUGUUCAAGAAACAGGCCGUAUGCCUUCAUCUGCGAGCGAAUAUGGCAGCUUCCAGGAUCGGGGUUCUGGGCAUGGGAAUUCGGCACAUGAUGCCUCGGCUAGAAAGUCGAGGGGAAUGACACGCACAGCUUCAUUGCUGAGCCUCACUCGGCAUACGAUCAGCUCGCUGCGUCCAAGGGCGCGGCCGAGCGUCAAACAGGCUUUUGCAUCGAUGCAGGCGGACGAUUCGGCGCACGAGAUGCACGCGGAUACUUCGAUACGCGUAGAGCCGGCCGAGGGCGACUUUAGCUACGAGCUCAUCGCGCCUGCACUGGCCGACAGCAGUGCUGACUCGGCGAGUCCCGCGCCUCAACCUCACUGCGCUGUAGUCUCAAGUCCAAGGACCACUAGUCGUGCCGACGCGAGACCGUUGCUGGCUCGUGAAGUGUGCGUCGCCAUUCCAGCUGAACAGGCGGGUGACAACUCCGAGAUCGGGUUCCAGAGCAUGGACGGAGAUACGAGCGAAUGCCUGGCGACGCCUCCGUUGCCGGUGGAGCGCAUUCUGCCGCCAGAGCAGAUGAUCCAGGCAUUUGACCAGCUGCGCGCCGAGGAUGCCGCGCGCAGCAGCCGCAGCAGCAGCAGCGACUGGCUGGGACGCAUGGAGACGCCGAUGCGGCGCGGGAGUGUUGACUGGGCCGCUGCGUGUGCGGGGCGGGAGCGGACGCUGCGAGGCGCGGCAUCGCAGACGUUUGCGGUGCGCGGCAGCUCGAUGGAUCUGCAGGCGCUGUCGCGAGUAGGGGCGACGGGGCCGAGAUUGCGCACUUCGACGUCGGCGUGGGAUCUGGCGGCGGUGAAGGGUGGUCGUGCGGAGGCGUCGCCGGUUGCAAGGGCCGAGUCGCUCGAGGAGGUGCAGGACGAGAAUGUGCGCUCGCUGCCUGCACCGCCGCGUGCGUCCAAGCGGCGGGCGCUUGUCAGCACAGGCGCGGCGGCGUCGCCAAGGCCAAGACCGGCGCCGUUGGGUGAUCGGACCAACGCGCUGCAGGUGGCGGGACUGCCGGAUGUAGGUGGGCUUUGUAUCGACGAUCGACGGCCGGCAGCACGGGGCAGGCGCACGCAAGGUGCGGUCACUGCGUAG